UAAAAACAGCUUUGGGGAGAACUUUUGAGGACAAAUGUACAGCCUCUUAUACCGGAAGAAAAAAAUACUACACUAUAUACUAUAAUGACCACUAAGACAUAUAGUAGUCUCCAAGAAAAAAAAAAAAAAAAAAAAAAAAAAAAAAAAACUUUUUAUUGGUUCAUUCAAUGUCACCCCUUUAUUUAAUUUUAUUGCCAUAUUAUAUGCAUAAUAUGCUUGCAAAAUAUAGUUUUUACUCUGAGGUAACGUUGUGGAAUAAAGAAUUAAACUCGAUAUCAAAACUAUACCAUAUAACUGAACGAAGUAAACGUGAGGAUACUGUACUGUAAGUCAAAUGGGGUUGGAGCAGGAACCCUGUGAACUAUAGAUGCAGUAGCACGCGUGCCCUCUAUGGCCAGUCACGCUGGCAGAGGUGUGGCGCCUUUUCACGCUUUCAACACAGACGCUUCAAAACACGGGGCCAUCUUGGGGGAAGACAGCCCGCUGUGAAGUUCACAGAAUAGCCGCUACACGCUUUAUAACCAACACAUAACAGCUAAGAGUUCCUCUAGAUGUACCCAAGUGCAAUGCGCGUAUAAAUCAAUUGUUGUUUUUCAACUUCACAAGGCCCUUUUCUCGAUGACAGACCGACUCUGACCGCGCUCCGCCAGAAUCAACUGACGUUUCUCAUGUCCCGCCUCCACGCAGGGAGACAACCAAUGAGGAUCCCGCAAAACUCCAGCGUAAUGACGUUUCCGCUUCUGCGCGCAUGCGCACUGUCAUUUUGUCCAAAGCUCCUCACUGUUCACAUCGAAGAUGGCGGCAGGCUUUGACCUGCUAUAUAAGGAUUUCUGUAUUAAAAGAGUGGGAAAGAAACUUUUUACCGAUACUUCAGGUUGUAUUAGAUUAGAAGUUUCCACAUCUUGUCACAAUAAGUUUGAGGUAAGCUCCCAGGCAGCCGGAAAAUCACCCCGCUGACUCCGGGAAAAGAGGCAAUUCAACUAGCUAAUGUUGACAUUCUGCGAGCUCUUGUACAUAUGAACAUAAUGAAAGCAGCUGCUCUUCAAGUGUGUUAGAUGAUUAUUUCUCCCAAGAGCAUUGUUACUAGUGGACUUGAGGUGACACGGGCACUUGUCAAAUCCUUAUUGACAUUGUGACACGAGACUCCCCUUCACUCACGCUUGUUCCUUCGAAAAGCAACUGGAGGGAAAAGCGGAUGAAAACCCAAACUUCCUGAACUGAUGUGCCAGAGGCACAGAUGGAAGACAGCUAAGGGGAUCCAGUGUUUCUUAAUGCUAUGGUAACUACUUUGAUCGGGACGUCCACAGUGCAAACUUUGAACGGAGGCAAUGCAAUGGAUUCGCACACUGAAAGCGGCACUUCAGUGUCCAGUGGUCCAUCAUCAUCAUCGGACGAGGCUUCAACUUCUGUACCAGUUGUUAAUAACGGGCCCGGGGUGGCGAAAGGACACGGAAACGUCACUGUCACCCCAAACCCAAAUACAGUGAUACAGUCUUCUUACGGGAAUCCUCCAGCAUCCGCAGCAUCCAGUGCAGGACCCUCAGUGACAGUUGUCAGGCCAUCUAUGCAAACUGCUGGAACAGGUUUAACUAUUAACGGGAGUAAUAAUAAUACCACCGUUUCGGCGACUGUAGCCAAUGUAGCGACCCCGGGAAUAACUACUACUUCUACUACUACUACAACUUGUACUACUACAACGACACCUCUUUUAAUGAACCAGACUCCUGCCUCUGUCUCCGCGAGCAAGUCCGAGUCCCCUAAAACUAUCAUACAGUCCGCCGGCGGCAUGACUCUCGGUCCUGGAGUGGCCAAGGGGGCUGUUUUGCAGGGGGUUGCGAGAACAGCAGCUCCGGCAACUGUUGCAGCAGCAUCCAGCCCUGCCAUCAGGGCCAUUGCGCCACAGGUGUUAGCGCCCCGACUCCCUCAGAGCAACCCUGGCCAGAACAUCCAGAACAUUCAACUACCUCCAGGUAUGGUGUUGGUGCGUAGUGACAGUGGUCAGUUGCUGAUGAUCCCUCAGCAGAUGUUGGCACAGAUGCAGGCCCAGUCUCAGGCCGCCCGCCCUGCUGCCCCCACCAGCACCACCCCUGGGCAGAUCACCUCUGCACAGGCACCUGGAACUCCUCUAAUGGCCCGACAGGUGACCCCUACCACCAUCAUAAAGCAGGGCUCUCCUACACCCAGCAGCACGGCCACUACCACACUCCAGAGACCACCUGUACAGCAGGCUUCCUCUGUGGGUGCAGUGUUGUCAGUGCAGGCAGGAACUGCCCAGAGGACUGUGACUGCUGCCACGGGGACCACCGUCUCCUCGGCAACGGAGACAAUGGAGAAUGUAAAGAAAUGUAGGAACUUCUUGUCCACGCUGAUAAAGCUGGCCACUAGCGGUAAGCAGUCAUCAGAGACUGUCGCCAACGUUAAAGAGCUGGUCAAGAACCUGCUGGAAGGGGCGAUUGAAGCAGAGGAGUUCACCAGCAGGCUCUACAAAGAGCUCAACUCGUCUCCUCAGCCUUAUCUAGUGCCUUUCCUGAAGAGGAGUCUUCCAGCUCUGCGACAGCUCACUCCUGACUCCACGGCCUUCAUCCAGCAGAGCCAGGCCCUCCAGGCACCUACUGUGGUGCUGACCAGCCCCAACACUGCUGGAGCCACCGGCACAGCCCCUCGCACGCUCGUCCAGCCUGCCCUUAGCAACUCCAGCCAGACCGCCUCUCUGGUGUUGCAGCCUCCACAGCAGGGGGCAAUAGUGAAGCCCCCUCAGGUUACCCUGACAACCACUCCUAUGGUAACGCUCAGGGGUCAGCCCCACAGCCACAUAGUGGUGGGUCAGCCUCAGGUGCAGCUCAAACAGAUCCAGACAGUGGCAGUAAAGCAGGGUGUGGUGAGUAGCACUAAACUGGCUCCCGGCUCCGUGUCUGUAGCGAUAGCUCAGAAGAAUAAAGCUAAGGAUGGUGCUGGAGGAACUUUCAGGGAUGAUGACGACAUUAAUGACGUGGCCUCAAUGGCAGGUGUUAAUCUUUCGGAGGAGAGUGCCCGUAUCCUGGCCACCAACUCUGAGCUGGUUGGCGCGGUCACACGGUCUUGUAAAGAUGAAGCUUUCCUCUCCGCCAGUAUGCUACAGCACAAGAUACUAGAGAUAGGCCAAAGGUUUGGAGUGACGGAGCUGGGUCCCGAGGUUGUGAACAUCGUCUCUCACGCCACUCAACAGAGACUGCAAAACCUUCUAGAGAAGGUCUCGCUGAUCGCCCAGCAAAAGAACAUGACUUACAAGGAGGACAGUCGGUACGAGCAGGUGGAGGAUGUUCGCUCUCAGUUGAAGUUCUUUGAGCAACUUGACCAGUUGGAGAAACAAAAGAAAGAGGAACAGGAGAGAGAAAUUUUAAUGAAGGCAGCUAAGUCACGCUCACGACAAGAGGACCCCGAGCAGCUGCGGCUGAAACAGAAGGCCAAAGAGAUGCAGCAGCAGGAAUUGGCUCAGAUUCGACAGAGAGACGCCAACUUGACGGCGUUGGCGGCUAUCGGACCCAGAAAGAAAAGAAAACUGGAUUCGCCUUCAUUUGGGACUGACGCAGAGGGCUCAGGUUUGUGCACAAGUGCAUCCGGGGGCUUAAAUGCAGGAGCGUCGAGGCAGUUCACUCGCCAGCGCAUCACGCGUGUAAACCUCAGGGAUCUGCUCUUCUGUCUAGAGAACGAGAGAAGCACCAGCCACUCACAACUGCUCUACCGAGCCCUUCUCAAAUAGCAGAUAGCCCAUGCCCUUCGCUCAUUUCAGUCUUUAGGGCUCACUCCCUCAUUCUUUCUGUCUUUUUUACUAUUAUCAUUCUCUUUGUCAUUCCCUUUUCGUCUUUCUUUAUCGCUUUCUCACUUUCUGUCACUGUCUCACAUACUCACACAUACAGUGAUACAUUUUCCUUUCCUUUCUCGAGCUGACUUGUGCUCUUCUCUGUUUCACUCUGUUUUCUUUUAAGUCUUUUAUUUUGCCUUGUUUUUAGCUUCCUGCCCUUAUGAAUUUUACUCUUUAAAUUGUGUUAAAAGAAAAUUGCAAUUAUAUAUCAUAUGUUUUUCAUAGAAGGUGGCUUUGUAAUGUGCAAAUUACCUAUGUAAAAAAAGAAUUCACAGUGGAACUACCCAUUCAUUUUAUAUUUGUGUUUUUAUAAAGAUGUUUUAAGAAAUAAAAGUGGACAAAGUUUCUAUAAAAAA